AUGGAGAGAAAGGGGAGACUUGUGCUGCUGAUGACAAUUUUGUGUGCACCUAUGAUAAGUGCGGUACUUAUUGAAGGUUUUGUUGCUUUUCUUGUAGGUGGCUAUUUGGCGCCUAAACUUUAUUGUCAUUUCUCUGAAUGCUGUAAGAACAAGUGGAUUAAACCCAACAUAACGGGGUUACAGUCAGCCCUUCGGAGGCGUGUUUUUGGUCAACACUUGGUCACUGAGACCGUUUUCAAGGCUCUUGUAGGACAUUUGAACAACAAGUCGCCUAAUAAAGCGUUGGCGAUUUCUUUCAACGGCUGGACAGGAUCAGGAAAGAACUUUGUGAGCAAAAUCAUUGCCGAACAUAUCUUCAAGAAGGGCUUGGAGAGUGAUUACGUUAAUCUGAUCAUAGCUACCCAUGAAUACCCUCAUCAGUCCCAGGUAGAAUUUUACAAGCGACAGCUGCGCAAUCGAGUGGAGAGUUCUGUGUCAAAGUGUCCCAGAUCGCUGUUUAUCUUCGACGAAAUGGACAAAAUGCCGAUAGGCCUCAUAGAUGUGCUUAAACCCUUCUUAGAUCACUACCCCCCUGAUGAAGGAAAGAUCGAUUACCGUCAAAGUAUCUUCAUUUUCCUUAGCAAUACGGGAGGUAAUCUUAUCAACAAUGCUGUUCUAAAACACUGGAAAGACGGAAAGAAACGAGGAGAUAUCAAGAUCAAGGACAUGGACAAAGUGAUCAAUCUCGGUGAAUUUAAUAAUAAGGGUGGAUUUUGGCAUUCCUCUCUAAUUGAUAAAAAUCUCAUAGAUUACUUUAUUCCAUUUAUGCCGAUGGAGAGAUCUCACGUUAAAAAGUGUGCUAAAGCCGAUUUAGAGAAAAAAGGACACCCAGUCACAGAUUCCAUCCUAAACAGAGUAGCAGACGAAUUGUUAUACUUUCCAGAAGACCUGAAGGUCUUUUCUCUGUCUGGUUGUAAGAAAGUCUCAAGCAAAGUUGACUAUGUGAUGGGGUGAGGAAUUUUGAAAACUUUUCACUUGGGACAUAGUAGGCAACAAGUCAGGCUGACAUAUUGUGUAGACAAUUAGUAGAGGUUGGUUUUUUAAGAAAUAGUUAAAGCUUGUUACAUAGACUUAAGGCAGUAACUAGUCAGCCUUUCAAACUUAGUUUCAGUAAUGAGUGGGUUUGGGUAAGUUUAGCAGAGGGUGGAGAUGGAGGAGUUGGAAGUAUGUUUUAGAGACAAAGAAGACAAUUUUGUGAUAGAGAGAAUAGGUAUCUGAGAGAGAACAAGAGAUUGAGGACCAACCAUAAUUUGAUUUACCGUCCUUAUUCCUAUUAUCAUCCCCUCUCUGAUAAGCCCCUGUUUUUUUAGUAAGCACCCCUAUUGAAUAAUCUUUCUCAUUCAGUGCCCCUAUACCAAUAAGCACCUCUCUUCUGUUUCAGUGAUAGCAGAGAAUAUGUACACCGAGAUCAACGAUGGGUCACCUUUUUAAGACUCCCUUUUACAUUUUUUGCAAAUUUUAUGACUGCCCAGAGGCAUUUGUUAGAGUAAUUGCUGGCUAAGAUCUUUUUCUGAUAUGAAG